AUGUCUGCUCCGGCCCAGUACGCUUUCCGCGCCCAGAAGACGACCGGCAUUUCUGAGAGCCCCUCGUGGGACGUCUUGCCAUCGAUCCCUUCCGAGACUGCCGCUACCCGCGCCGUCGCGUACUCUCUCGAUGGAGAGUUCUUUGCCUAUGCCCAGGGCGAGACUGUCCAGCUGAUGUCGACCGCGUCGGGCUCGUCGUCGGCUCCCCUGACUCUUGAGCAGCCCAACAUCAUUGCUCUGUCGUUUUCGCCUCUGUCGACCACGCUGUUCACUUUUGAGCGCCCCGUCAAGAGCGACACCGACGUGCACAAGAACGUCAAGGCAUGGAACGUCAAGACUGGUGAGCUUGUCGGUGGGUGGUACCAGAAGACGAUGGACGACUGGGUGCCGAUCGUCACUCCCGACGAAUCGCACCUGAUCCGUGCCACCGCUUCGGACCUCUUGGUCUUCUGCCCGCCUCUUGCUCCUCGCCCGUCGACCCGCGUCAAGGGCAACAGCCAGGUCAAGGGCCUCUUCCUCUCGCGCCCCUCGGCUCUGCCCGAAAGCGCUACCAACUCCAAGCCUGUUCGCCCCUACAACGAGCCCGCACUUGCCGUCUGGGUCGGUGAGAGCAAGGGUGCCCCGGCAACGCUCGCUCUCUACCCGCUCUCGUCUAUCAUUGGCAAGACCAAGCCCGUCGUUAACGGUGACGCCGCCGAGGACAAGCUCGAGACCCGCGACAUGCCCCAGACCCUUGCUCGCAAGGCGUUCUACAAGGCCGACAAACUGUCCGUCAAGUGGAACAAUGCCGGUACCAUGGCACUGUUCCUCGCCCACACCGACGUUGACAACACUGGCAAGUCGUACUAUGGCGAGACAAAUCUGUACCUUGUGGGUCUCGACGGCUCGUUUGACGGCCUCGUCGACCUCGACAAGGAGGGCCCCAUCUACGACUUUUGCUGGAGCCCCAACUCGCGCGAGUUCACCGUCUGCUACGGCUACAUGCCGGCUCGCACCCAGGUGUUUGACCAGAAGGCCCGCGCGGUCCACUCGUUUGGCUCCAACCCUCGCAACUUUUUGCUGUACCAGCCCCAGGGCCGUCUCCUGCUCUCGGCCGGUUUCGGUAACCUGGCGGGCGGCGUUGACAUUUGGGACGUGAGCACGCGCAAAAAGGUUGCCGAGUUCAAGGCCUCCAACUCGUCGCACUGCGAGUGGUCGCCUUGCGGUCAAUACAUCCUCACCGCCACCCUGUCGCCCCGUCUCCGUGUCGACAACGGUGUCAGGAUUUGGUGGUGUGGUGGCCAGCUCCUCCACAUUCACCCCCAGGACGACUUGUACGCGGCCACUUUCCGCCCCUCGCGUGUCGAGACUGUCUCGGCCUUCCCUGCCGUCGUGCCCCAGCCUCCCGCCGCCAACGACUCGGUGGCCCUCUACCGUCCCAAGGGCGAGGAGGAGGCCUCGAACGGUGCCGCCACCAAGCCUGCUGGCGCCUACCGCCCUCCAGGCGCCCGCGGCACCGCUGCCUCGAACGCGUACAACUUCCGUGACGACGACUCGGCUCCCUCGUCGGGAGCCUCCACCCCGCUCUUCAAGGGUGGCAAGCCUGCUGGCCGCUACAUCCCCGGCACUGUUCCCGGCGCCCCCGUGCCCGGCACGUCGGGUGCCGCUGGUGGCGAGAAGAAGAAGCGCCAGAGGACCAAGAACAAGAAGGCGGAGCCCGAGCCCGAGGCCCCCGCUGCCGAGCUGGCCAAGGUGGACAUCGCCGCCGACGAGGACGCUUCUGCCAAGAAGAUCCGUAACCUCACCAAGAAGCUGAAGGCUAUCGAGGACCUCAAGGCUCGCAUUGCCAAGGGGGAGCAGCUUGAGAAGACCCAGCUGCAAAAGAUUGACACCGAGGCUGGUGUCCGCUCCGAGAUUGUCGCUCUUGGCGGUGAGGCCUAA